AUGAGAGGAUCAUUCACCGCCAGCGUCGCCUUCGCGCUUCUCGCCUCGGUCGUCCUCUUCUCCACCGCUGCUGUUGGGCAAGAUGCAUCUGGUAUCCCAGCCUGUGCUAUCUCCUGCUUCAUAGCUGCUGUGCCGGCCUCGCACUGCUCUUUGGAUGAUAGAGUUUGUCAGUGUACCACGGGGAGGGAUGCGAUUCAACGGAGCGUGGCGCAGUGUGCGCCCAAGGUCUGUGGGCCCGAUGACCUGGCGAAGAUUAAACCAGCUGUCAAAGCAAUCUGCUUACAACACGGCAUCACGCUCGAUGCGCUGCCGCCCACGCCUUCGCCGGCCGCGGCUUCGACUGCGAUGCCCAGCGUGCAAGCGGCUACGACUGGGGUGGCCAGCAACGGGACCGCGAAUACUACGACGAGUGGUGGGGUGCCAAAGUUCACGAACGGCGCUACGGCUGCGAAAGCGGCUAGGGAUCGGGGAGGUUGGGUGUGGGCCGUUGGUGCUGCUGUGGGUGUGAGUGUGGUCGUUGGAAUGGGGAUUCGAAUUGGAGGGUUGUGA